ACGUUUAUUAUCUGCUUGCAAGAAAAUCUUGAAAAUUGUUCUCAUCUCCAACUUCUUAUUUUCUUUCUCCCAAGAAAAACCAGCAUCAUCAUAAUGGCUGAAGCAGGUCAUCAAUCUAACAAGGAAGUAGACAGUGAGAGGGAAAAAUUUGAAAUUGUCAAGAAACUGGCAGAGUCUCACGGGAUGGGAAAAGCAUUGUAUGACAAAAUGAAAGAAGAACGCGACAAAUGGCGCAAAGAAGUGAUAAAUAUUGCUGUUAUCGGCCAAGCGAGGCAAGGUAAAUCUUCGUUAAUCAAUGCUUUCAUGGGCAAAAAAGUUGCCAAAGUCAGCGCCCUUGGAGUUACCACUACAAAAAACAAAAAAUAUCCUCAUCCUUCGAAUGAAAACAUCAUUCUGUGGGAUUUGCCGGGUAUUGACAGUGUGAAACAUCAACGCGAGGAUUACAUCGAUAAAAUUGGAAUUAAGGAGACUCCCUACGACUUCUUCUUAAUUGUAACAAGAGACAUUUUCAGCUCUGACGCUAAAUUUGCAGCCGAUUUAGUGCAGGGUGAAGACAAAAGGUUCUACAUCGUAAGAACACAUAUCGAUGAAUCUAUAAAAGCAGAACUAGAAGAUAACGAAGAAAAAUGCUUAGACGAACUCGACGUGCGAGCCGAAAUUCGAAAAAAGCUCAAAGAAGAGAUUGGUGUGCAUGCUUUCAACGCGGAAAAAUUCAGAGUAUAUCUCGUGAACUGUAAGAAAUCGCUUGACUUUGACUUCCCGAAACUGCAAAAAGACAUUUGCGAAGACAGUGUUUCUGAAAUUCAGCAGGAAGCACUUCUGUUGACAAUUGGAGGACAUGGUCAAGAGCUAAUCAAACAAAAGUAUGCUCUUUUCCAGAAGCGGAUCUAUAAAGUUGCCCUUGCUUCAGCCGCAGGUGGCGCUGUUCCAAUUCCUGGAGUAAGUGCUGCGGUUGACUUGUUAAUUUUGAUUGAAGAGGCUUUGACCUAUUUCGAGGGCUUCGGGUUAAGCAAAGAGUCAAUUGCUAGCUUAGAAGAGUUGAACGAAGUUGAAAGGGGAACCAUCGAAAAAGCAUUGAAAGGACAAAUUAUGAACAAGUAUCCCGUUCUGGAUUUUAUACGUGAGCGCGCGCCUUCAGCAUUGUCGUCAAUGCAAUCUCUAAAAGACGCCGCAGUGUCUAUUGUUAAGACGUCGAGUGGUUAUCUUCUGAAACAGUUGUACACAGUGGCAGCUUCAGAGGGGGUUGAAAAAAUAGUUACGUGGUGUGUACCUAUUUUGGGAUCCGCUAUGGCUGCUGGAAUCUCAUAUGCAGUGACGACAUACCAACUACAAUGCUUCUUAGAGCAAUUCAAAAAUAUGGCGGAGUUCGCGAAUUCGUAUUUGUCAAGUGCGAGCCGGCACAGAUUGGAAGCAUUUGAGGCACGCGAUGAAUAAACCCAAAGGUGAAAAUAAAUCACAGUGAGAAUAUGAAAUUCCCUUUGAUUUCACGAUCAUACCAUUUCUUAGAGCUCUCAUGAAUAUUAGAGCUUCAGUCAGUUUAUUAAAUUUUUCUCAUGUGGUAUCAUUGCAUCUAUCUCCCCUUUAUUAAUACUUAAAACUAAUGCCAUGAGCAGACUUCAAAAAUCGAAUAUAAUUCAGCAGUAGCCCCUUUUUUGAAAAACAUGCACAAUUUCAUAGCGAAUUGUCCGGUAGUUCUCUUGCAACCUGAUUGACAAAAAUGUCAAGCUACAAAAAAUUCUCUCGGCUCCUACUGUCAAAAAUUUGUUCUCGUAAUAUAAAUUUUCGAUAUCGUGCUUUGCUUUUAACCCUCUUGCUUCGCUUCUUUUGAUAUGUUACAGCUUGCUUUUGCUAUAAAAACUUGAUUUCCAAUCAGAUCAAUAAGCUAUUGAA